AUGGAAUCGUAUAGUCAUCCGCCCAGGAAAUGGUCACUAUCAGAAGACCAAAAACUACGAGAAGGGGUUGAAGCCCAACAAGGCGAAGUUAAAGAUUGGUGCAUAAUCGCCGAGAGUCUUCCUGGCCGAACAAACAAGGAUUGCCGAAAACGGUGGCACAAUUCUGUAGCUGGGGGACUGAAGAAGGGGCAAUGGUCAAAGAGCGAAGACGAAUUACUAUCACGCGGGAUUGAAGAGUACGGUCAAAAAUGGACAAUGGUUGCAAGCUGUGUUGGUACAAGAAGCGCAGACCAGUGUGCCAAGCGGUGGCAGCAAUCGCUCGAUCCCAGCCUAGACCGUAGCACAUGGCGCGAUGACGACGACACGACACUGAUCGAAGCAGUACAGCGGCUAGGGCGGCAUUGGAAAGACAUUCAGCGCGAGCACUUCCCCGAGCGAUCUAAAAACGACAUCAAGAACCGCUACACCGUCAUCGUCCGGCGCUACAAAAACCAAGGCAUCACCCUCUCCCACGCACCGAGCUCUCCCUCAGACAGCGGCACGCCCGCGCCACGCUCCAGCUUCGCGGAUGACGACACCGGCUACCUGUCUCCCAGCUCAGGGAUAUUCGACUCGCUACUGCAAACACCAUCAUCGCAACGGGGCCACCGGCUGUCAUGGUCAAGCUUCGAUAACGACGCAUACUCGACGUGGUCCUCGCAACAAGCAUACGCCAUGCCCGAUGCAACAUCACCCACACAGCACCAGCACCAGCACCAGCACCAGCACCACCAUCACCAGCACUCACCAUCAGGAGCAGCGCUACCUCAGUAUGCCUAUACGCAGCCACCACCAUUACCAGCAGACGCGCACCCGCCGUGGAACCACCAGCACCAAACAAGCUCGCACCCGUACAUGCAGCACGCAGCACCAGCAGCAUCAUUGCACAUGGAAGUCCCGACCAGCCCAUCGCUCUACGACUACACCGGGUAUCCAGGCCUCGCCGACCACACUCAGCACCCAAUCAUGGGCCCAGCCGCGCCUUACACAGCCCCCGCCAGCCAAGCCCCUAAUGCCACCAUGCCACGUCGCUUGUCGCCUUCAGCGCCCGACCAGCACCAGCGUUACGGCCGCGACCAUAUCUACCGUGAUGCUAGCACUGGACAUCAUGCCUAUUAUCCUUCGUGA